CAGUAAUUGCAGUAAAACAGAGGAAUAAGGUCAGUGGGGAGGGUCCGGUUCUCCACGUCCACAUGCACGAGGACACACUGCUAAGUGGGUGUGACUAUGCUGGAAGCUGAGGGCUCACUUCUACCUGCACUACAUAUAUGUGCUCUGUGAGAGAGAACUUCACACCUGCACACCUGUCUGAGGUCAACAUCUUACCUGAACACACUCUGGCAUUGAAGCAGGAUCCACAUCCACAGGUAAACAUCACCAUGUUCCGCUGCGUAACAUCUGAUCUGGCAGUGCUUAUGUUGCCUAUGGUUCUGUUGGUGUUGCUAAUGCCUAUUAGCUGGAGUUUUCAAGCCCUGACCCCUGGCUGCCACCUUUACCCAUUCAACGUGACCAUUCGGACAGACAAGCGAGGGACGUGUCGGGGGACGCAGCUGGUGUACGCGUGCGUGGGCUACUGCGAGUCCAGCGCGUUCCCCUCGCGCUACUCCGUGCUGCUGGCCUCCAACUUCACGCGCAACAUAACGUCUGCUUCCCGCUGCUGCACCAUUAGCAAGGAUGCCAAGAUCAAAGUUCGCCUGCACUGUCCUCGCGGCCGCCAUCACGACGACAUCGAGAUCUUGACUGCGCGUGCCUGUCGGUGCAACAUGUGCCAUAAAUCCCGUUACUGAGAGCACAUAAAGAACGUGUUACUCAUGCUGUACUGGCCAAACGAUGCUGGUGUGUAAUUAUUACAAUAUGCACUUGCGUACUUACCUAUAAAUAUAAUGCCACUGAAAGGUUUGGGGUCAGUAAAGAUUCAAUAACCACUUGUAUUUACUAAGAAUGCAUUAAAUUGAUCUAACGUGACUGUAAAAUAUGUGGCAUUUUUACAAAAAAAUAUUAUCAUAUAAUCAUAUUAACCUGGUGAAAAUGUGUCAGAAUUUCCAGAAAAAUAUCACGCAGCACAGCUGUUUUCAAAAUGGAUAAUACAAAAAUAGGAGCACCAAAUGAGCAUAUUAAUAUGAUUUCUGAAGGAUCAUGUGAUACUGAAGUCUGCUGGAAAUUCAGCUUUGUCGUCACAUAAAUAAAUUGCGUUUUAAAACAUAUUUACAAAUAUUACUUACAUUUGCAAUAUUUUACAAUAUCACUGCCCUGGUGCGCUUAAGAGAUUUCCUUUCAAAAAGAUUUCAAACAAAUCUUACUACCCUCAAACUUUGAUGCAGUGUAAUAAAACGAUGUCCUUUUCUUUGGAUCUUGCAUCUAAACUUCUAAGAUGACACAGUUUGAAACGGCAUGAGUGAAAUGUUCUCCAAUGUGGCGUAAAGACCGAAAGCGCGUGACUACAUAAAGCAGUACAAUAUAAAACAAAGGCAAAUAGCAUCAGAUACUCUAGUUCAAAUAAAAAUCACUUUUCUAAUGUCGGUGCCACCUGAUGACAUAAAGAAUGUAUCUUACGUACUAUAUAUAUUUAUAAGGUGAUGUUUGCACAAAAUCUAAUUGUUUGAAAUAAAGGAGUACAUGCUGAUUUCUGUGUAUGUUUUAUUGUCCGCUCGUGUUUUGUGACAUCUAACGCAUAACAAUGUCGA